AAUUAACCAAAACUCAAAUAAUGGACCCCCUGGACAGAGCUCAAGUACUCCUCCUCUGUGACCUGUGUCAAAGAGCAGCAUUACAGAGUCACUGUAACUUUUGUCAGAUUAACCUUUGUAAGGCCUGUGUAGGAGAGCAUCUCUCUGAUUUCUCCAAAAGUCACAAUGUUGUACCAUACAAACACAGAACUUCUGCUCCUUACUACCCAAAAUGUCCAAACCACAUCCAGAAACAUUGUGAACUUUACUGUGACAAAUGUGACAUUCCUGUCUGUUCUACAUGCAUCUCCUCUGGGAAACAUAAAGGACACAAUUUAUCAGAUGCUCUAUGGAAACUAAGUUCAAAAAGAAAUGAUUUACAAAAAGACUUGAAAGAACUAGAGGUAAAAAUCUAUCCUACAUACAAAGAAAUUACAUUAGAUUUAAACACAGAGAAAGUAAACCUUGAAAAACAUUACGAGAAACUGAUAUCAGCUGUCACCAAACAAGGAGAAGACUGGCACAGAGAAAUUAACAUCCUUGUCAACAAACAAAAAUCUGAAUUUGAUGAGAUGAAAAAAAGACACCUGACUGUUCUAAACAAACAGGAAAAAGAAAUCAAACAGACGACUUCUGAUGUAAAACAUUGCAUAGUUGAACUGAAGAAAAUACUAGACUCCAAUGAUGUCUCCCUAACAUCUGCAUAUAAAUCCAGGAAUGACAAAUUCAGAAGUUUACCUCCUAGAGUCCAUGUCAAAUUAUCAAGUUUUUCUCCACAUCAAGUCAACAGAGAAAAGCUCCAUCAAAUGUUUGCUUCUCUGUCAGCAUUAUCCAUUACAACAGAAGAACAUGGCUACACAAUGAAGACACCAGAAGCUGUAUCCUGUCCUCCAAUCAAACCACUGCUUGAUAAACCAGAGCUCAUCACCACCAUACACAUUGGGUAUAACCUACUAUACAGUGUUACCUGUCUCAGUGAUGAAGAAAUCUGGACAUGUGGGUCUGACAAUAUCAUGAAACUCUACAACCUCCAGGGCAAACUACUGAAGUCAAUCCAAACCAAGUCUGGAAACUGGCCAAGUGAUAUAGCAGUGACAAGGAGUGGAGAUCUAGUUUAUACUGACCAGGAUACAAGAACUGUAAACAUAGUGAAGAAUGACCAGAUACAGGAAGUGAUCAGACUUCAGGGGUGGGAACCUUACAAUAUCUGUAGUACCUCCUCUGGUGACCUCCUGGUUAUCAUGUACUGUGAUGAUUAUAAACAAUCAAAAGUUGUCCAUUACUCUGGUUCCACUGAGAGACAAACCAUUCAGUUUGAUAGUAAAGGUAAACCUCUGUAUUCAUCUAUAGGUGACUACAGUAAAUACAUCAGUGAGAACCGGAACCUGGAUAUCUGUGUAGCUGACUGUGAAGCCUGUGCAGUAGUGGUGGUUAAUCAGGCAGGAAACCUCAGAUUUAGAUACACUGGUCAUCCCUCUACUACCUGGCGAUCAUUCAUUCCAUACGGCAUCACAACAGACAGCCAAAGUCAGAUCCUGACAUCAGACUAUAUCUACCACUGUAUCCACAUCCUAGAUCAGGACGGAUAUUUCCUCCGUUACUUUGAUAACUGUGAUCUACAGCAUCCAUGGGGUUUAUGUGUAGACACCAGAGACAACCUCUUUGUGGUUGAGCGUGACAGAGGUGUGAAAAAAAUCCAAUACAUGUAAACACUGUGUAACAUAAACUGUUUCUAACUGAGAAAAUCCCACUGUGGCUGAGUAAAUUAAAAUUGUG